CUUUUGAGCGAAACUAUUCACAAAAUUUGAGAAAAAAUCUUGGACGAAGUUUGAUAUAGUAGAGAGAAGUUAACGAUACUACAAUCGAUAUAUCUAACGCAUUUUCUUGGAGUAAUUCAGCGUUUAUAACUACACGCUGCAAAUUAUCCUUUGCUUUCUGAACAUGAACUCUAGACGUACGCUCGCAUUAACGUAACACGUAACAUGAUUCAACAUCAAAGAGCUACAGAAAUAUUUAUUUUACCUUGUUUGUACCACAGUAUCAAGUAUCUAUGUAUCGAUUCUCUAGGUCAUAAGGUACUCUUACUCAAACUUCCUAAAAGUAUUCCAUCGCUUACAUUACAGUAGACCAUAAUCAUGGACAUUUUAUCACAGACCCUUCAUAAAUUUUAAUAAGCAAAAUAUCAAUCGUUAAAUUAUGCGCAUUCUUAUUAUUCGUUUGAUUUACCACGAGCAAUAUUUAGCAAUAAAUAACAUUCGGGUGUGAUCAUGCUGGGAUUGAUCUUUCGCGGCGUGUUUCUCAUUGGUAUACUCACCUGGUACAGCACCAGCGUGUGGAAAAUGAUCGACAGUUACUUCAGAGACCAGUUCCGGAGCUACUUGGAGGAAGAGUAUCGAAAGAAUCCGCGAAUGAGGUCCGACGUACAAGCUGACUCGGUCGAUAAGACCAAUUCCGCGGUUACCACGCCACACCCCGAUCCGCCUGUGGAGCCAUCGCGGGAGAUUCUCGAAGCUGUCGAAACGAUUGCGCGUGCGGUCGAAGCUGCAGAAAAUGAUUCUGUGGAAACGAAUGGGGAGCCACAGGUGACAGGUGGCACCAGUGAAAACGAGGCCGCCGCAGGGGGAUCUACCGAUAAAAAUGCAUUCCUGGGAACUGUCGCGGAAUCGGAGCUGGAAAGAAGGAAGUCGACCGAGAAUGAACAGGAUUCUCGACAACCUAUUAAUCACGACGACCGUGACCUCGAACGUCGCGAGAACGACGAUCGUCAUCGAUCAGUCUCCCGAGUGUCUAAGAGCACGGUUAAGAGAAUCAAAUACGACAGGAAGCUGGCCAUGUCUAGGGACAUUUUACGCGAGAAGCAAUUACCCAAAAGACGAAACGUGAAGACGAUCACGUUCAGUGAAAAGGAUUUUAAGUCGGUCAUCGGCAAUCACGUUUCCAAUGAUGAUUUUUGGGAGUUCGAGGAGGACGCGGAUGAAAAAGAACCACUAAAAGGUAUUUUGGUUUCCGAGCUACCGUUCAAACCUAGAGCGGAUAUAGGGGAUUUGGACAGGGUCACUGCUGAUGAAUACUGUCCCUUGAGCUUGGAAGAUGAAGCGUCUUGCGAUGAAACGUUCAAAUGGCCUUGAAGUCUUAUAAUGUUGAAACGUAGAUAAAUUUAAGAGGCACGUAGUAGUUAUAAAUUCUGUUCGUCCGAAUCAAUAGUGGAAAAAACUUGAUUGUUAAAGUUCUGGCUUUCGAGUAUCAACUGUGAUCUUUCGGAAGAAAUAUACCAAGUUUCGCUAGUAUUGCAAUUAGGUUCAAUGACACGCUCGUACCGAAUACCAGCGUUAAAAAAAGAAAAAAAAAGGAAAAACAGAGAAAAGAUAAUUCAUUAAAAAGGACGCGGAGAUUUCAAUUCUGAUAAUUAUAUUAUAUAGUAUGGUUUACGACGAAGUUAGCUAUAAUGGUCGUAAAGUUAGAGAUAUUUCUUUCAAAAGAAUACAGCUUGCGCUUGAAAAUUUCAAUUUUGCUAACUGAACGACAUCAAGCUGUGUAUACUUCAAAUCUUCGAUAUCAAAUAAGCGUCAGUUUUGAGUUGACGCAUUCAAAGAUAUACUAAUGUUUACAACAUAUCUACAUGUUAUAUAUAUGUUUAUUAACCCUUCCCGUGCUUAUUAAAAUAAUAAUAGAAAAAAGAAUUAUUCCAAUGAUUUGAACUUUUUGUAAAUAUAUCAUGAAAGUAAUUACUUCUUUCAUGAUACAGUACAAAAUUAAUUGUGUAUACGUCUACAUUAUUGUUUAUAUAAUAUCUCGUUUCUUCGAUGAUUUUGUUUUCAUCUACUCUUUUAUGUGUAUCCACGACAUAAUAAAAUUAAUUUAGGUAUAGGUAACACAUACUUAAAAAGUAUAUUAUACUAUAGCACCAUUAUAAAUAAAUGGUAUAUAUAUAUA